AUGCCCCAGCCACCUAUAGCGAUACUGGGAGCUGGACCAGCAGGUCUCACUCUUGCUCGACUGCUGGAACAGAAGGGUUUCAACUAUGUCGUCUUCGAGAGAGAUUCCCAUCGAUCAGAGCGGCCGCAGGGAGGUUCGCUCGACAUUCAUGUUGGCUCGGGACAGCUUGCAGUUAAGGAAGCAGGUCUGUGGGAUGACUUCCUUAAGUUCGCCAGAUAUGAUGCGCCGACAACGAUCACAGACAAGAAUGGCAAAGUUGCCCUGAGAAUGGACCCGGAGCCUGGCGAAGGGGUAUUCGAUCGUCCUGAGAUCGAUCGGACUGCGCUGCGUAAUUUACUGUUGGACUCCAUCCCCGCUUCAAAGAUACAGUGGGGGCGAAAGGUCUCCCGAGUUUCAAGGAGCAAGGGCGGCACUACGGGAUUCCAAUUGGUGGUCGGCGCCGAUGUCGGCUGCUCCUCGCCUUUGCAACCAACAUGCGCUGAACCAAUUUACGAGGGUCUCGCGUAUCUCGCUACAUCUGUAGAGCCCAAGCAUUCAGUGUAUCCAAAAAUCGUCAGACGGGCGGAGAAAGGCAGUUUCAAUAGCGUGGGAAGUGGCAAGAUGCUGACACUGCAAUACACCGGAGACGGACUGUACAACAUGUACAUCGGGCUGAAGCUUCCGGAGUCUUGGGCAGCCACGGAGGGCGCAAGUCUUCUGCAAGAUCCGACUGCCUUGCGGAAGUGGUUGAUCGGGGAACCUUUCGCCGACUGGGCCGAGUCGGUGACAGAUGUAAUCAGAGACGGCGAAGGAGGAUUCCGCGUGUGGUCACUGGGGUCUGUUCCGCUCGAAUCUCUGAAUUGGACAUCGGUCGCUGGUGUGACGCUGGUCGGCGAUGCGGCGCAUGUCACGUAUCCAAACGGCGAGGGCGUGAACAACGCGAUGCACGACAGUCUCCAAUUAGCACGGAAGAUUGAGGAAUUUGGACUCCACUCACUGGAUCGCGCAGUGGUAGAGUAUGAACAGCUGAUGCUCCCACGUGCGCGCGAGCAUGUGAAAGACGGCGUGGGAACGCGAGAGCUAAUGUUUGGCGAAAAGGCGCCGGAAGGCUUUAAGAAAUUGUUCGACGAGCAUCUCAUUCUUGGCUCAAUAAUGCAUGGGUGA